AUGCUUGGCCGCCUCAUAAAAUCGAGUUCACCGCAGACGCCUGCGUUUGACGAUGCCUACACGCGAGACAUUCUAUAUGCUCUGCGGGCCGUGUCUCCGCCUGUCCUGUUUGACCCAAGACGCUUUCGCCUCGUUGUGGGCCAAGACACGGGCAAUCUUCGUGCCAAACAGGUUUUGUUCGACUCGGACCAGAGCCCCACGCAAAAUGGCUCUGCCCAUAUAAGCACAAUGCACAACCAAGCGCAUUUAGAAAACGCACAUGGCCACAGUGUUCAUGCAUCAUCUUCAGCGUCUCUAGCUGGCCUGUACUCGGGCCCCAAAGUCUCUAGCAGCGAAAUUGCAGAUUACAUGUUUGGGCGCGGCAUUCCCACCAGCGAACUGGCACCGGCAACAAAGGUCCAUGUGCUUUACCUGGCGCAAGGGCGGCCCGCCCUAUUGGUGACCAAGUUGUUCUCGCUCGCAGGGCGGCCGGACUCCGAAAGCGCGCCCGAUUGGGCGCCUGCGCCCACAUUUUCUUCGCGGUCGCACACGCUUCCCGCGCCAAGCUGCCGCUUUUCCGUCGGCGUGGUGAUCCCGCUCGAGCAGCCGCCGCACAUUCUUCUUUCCACCCUUUGGCCCUCUCUUGCACAACAUUUAGCGCAGCUUCAAAAUUCUGUUUCGGAAAAACUUGUGGCCGCACUCCGUCUGGCCCCCAACGGCGUCUGCUAUGUCCGCCAGCGCCGGAUUGUGUUCCCGGCGCAUCUUCUUCAGCAAGACAUCGAUUUGGCUCAGCUGGUUCCAUGCUUGGCCCGCGCAGUCCAGGCCACGUUCAAUACGCCGCGCCUUGCAAGUACGCACACCUUGAUUCGGGCGGCGCGCGCCCCGGAGUCGCCCUUUCGUUUUUUUCUCGUCAGCUGGGCGACCGAAGUGGUCAACUGGCUCGAGUUUAAAGACGGCCGGAAGGCUGGGUUUUUGGCGGGGCUCAUGGCUGCCGUGGGUGGGCUAAGAGAAAGUGAAGGCGUGCAGAACGUAGAAGGUGGGACAGAAAAUGGCACGGCUGAUUCUACAAAUACAGACAGUGAACCGAAAAACGACCGUGACCACCUUGACAAAGAGGAAGUGGAAACGGUGGAUAUCAGUGGGUUUGACUCCUUGCGCAUCGCCAAAUCUAAUGAGCAAGAACCAGAAGUGAAGUCUCACCGCAACGAGACAGAACGCUACUCUGGAUCGUCUUCCACUAUCACGGACGGAAGCUCUCUGGAGAAUUAUGAUGCAAACAGCUCGAAAGCAUCGGUUAAAACUUUGAAACAGUCCCUUUCGGCUCAUAAACUGUUCUCAUAUCUCACGUCCAACAUCUCGUCUCGGCUUAAUCACCAGGUUUCCGACUCCUACUCGUCAGAAACCGCUCUGUCCCAUCCGACCUCCUGCAAAACUCGCGUGGUCAUUAUGACAGGAAAUUCUGCGGUGGCUAAACGGCUUGUUUUCAUUUUGAACGCUCUUUUCCCUCAGUCUUUCGUCGCUCCUCCGCUUCUUGACACAGAGUCUCCAUCUCCAAAACCAAGCACACCCGAAAGCUCAAGUCCGUCGCUGGUUGUCAUGCACUCUCUGCGCCCGAUUGCACAUUGUCUGGGACCGAUUCCUAUCCGCUCUAGUCCUCUGGCGGGCUGGGAGAUCCCACGGAAGUCCGGUGCAAGCCUCAAUAGCACAACAUCUCACGUUCCUGUUCAUACAUCGGCUUCUACUGCUUGUCUCUCCACAUCGCUCACUUCCCUUUCUUCGAGUGCGUCGAGCUACUCGUUUUCAAAGCUUGGAGGCAGUUUUUUCGAAAAGUGGCGUCUGGUCCAGGAGCUGCCCGAACCAAGGAGACCUGAGGAUGAGUCGGACGGCCGCCCACGGCUUUCUCGAACGCAGUCUAUGCUAAAUUUGACCAACUCGAAUCCUGCCGCUCAUAGUGUUCAGCGCGACCGAAGUGCCAUGUUCUUGUUUGCCGGGAAGGUUCUGCCCGACACUUCUGUGGAUGAUUUUAAUGCCGAGCGUAUUCGCCGGAAAUGUAAUCUGAUCAUGGAAGAAUCAAUCAAGUACACGGUGGACUCGGAGAAAAAUGCUCUCUUUGUUCCACCGCCCGGCUCCUCUUCUCUCAUCCAGCGGACGCCUCUUUUGCCCAACGUGGCUUUUGUUGACGAGUUUCGUCCUGAAUUUUCUCUUCAGGCAUGUCCCAUGAGCGCUUCGCUCGAGAAUCUGGUUAUUUCUGCUAUGAAAAACGACUUGCUAGUUUACGAUUGUUCCAAGACUAUUUUUGUGAGUUUGCGGGCACGAGAAGUUAAACUAAUCGAAGUGGGUCCCGAUUCCACUAGAAAGUUCAACGUCAGUAUCCGGAAAAUCAUUUCCCCGGGCCGUUGUUAUUUGGAUAGAAGCAAGGUCUCCGGUAUCGAGGAGCAAUUGCAAACAUUAACACGGAUUGUUAGUGGAAUUAAUAAUGGCGGAGAAGGUGUGGGCCAAAGCGAGAAAUAUAACCGUGUGUUAUUCGAGACAGUGCUGGAACUUAUACUCUGA